AUGCCGCCGGCCAGGGCGCGCCAAGAGAAGCUCGCGAAGAUGAGGCUCGACGCCCUCGGCGGCGGGGGCCCCGCCGCGCGGCGGCCCGGCGCCGCCGCCGCCCCUGGCCAGGCGGAGGCGGACGGCGACUCACGCCGCCCGAGCGGGGGCUCCGCCUCCGCGCGGGGGCCGUCGCGAAGCGUCGGCGAGAGGGGGCAGCUUCUUCCGCUCUCCGCCCGGGGAGCCGCUGGCGACGGGGGCAGCACCGCUCCAGCAGGUGGGCUGCCCCCCAGUUGGGCCAUGUUCGACAGGAUGGCCGCCACGAUGCAGGACCGGGACUCGGAGAAUGCGCGCCUUCAGCGGAAGGAGCAGCAGGAGCGCGCUUCCGCGGCGACCUGGAGCGGCAGGUCACGGACACCAAGAUCAAGCGGGAGCGCGAGCGGGAGCUCGACUCCAAGUACCACGAGGAUCGACCUGGUGGCCUCCUACCAGCAGUGGAAGCAGGCCGAGGAGGCCAGGGAGAGCCAGGUCCGGCAGAGGGCGGUGCGAGGCCUGCACGGCCUGCAGGAGAGCGCCAAGCAGAACCAAGAGCACAGGUUCAACGCGGUGAAGAAGGAAAAGGCUGAGGCUCUGGCCAUCGCCGAACGGACCAGGCUCGAGGUCGAAGAGGAGAAGGCCAGGGCGGCCACGGCGCAGGCGGCCAAGCGCGAGGAGUACAAGAGCGUGCUCCAGGCCAACCAGAGGGCCCAGGGGAACGACAAGAAGGCAAAAGAUGACUUCGUUGAGCGCGAGAUGGCCAAGCAGGCGGUCUACCAGCGACAGCGGGAGGCGCGGGACAAGCAGGUCGAGGAGGCCAAGCUCGCCAAGGCCGGUGUUCGUCCCGGCCGUCCCAGCCACGAGUCGACGAGGCUAAGCAUGAGGCCGCCGAUCUCUGACUGCGUGAACGCGAUGCUCGACAGACUGCGAUGGAACGUGACCACGAACAUAUGGCUGAGGAUCUGGUUCGGAUGCAGGCAGUGCUUUAUCAAUGUGAGCGGGCUGCUCCUGUGGCUGACUGUGGCGGGCUUCCAGCAUGACCAGUGGCAGAAACUCAAGCAGCAGGAAGCAGGUUGGAGGAAGUUCGCCGCCUUCGAUGCUGAGAACAGCCCCGCGGACGCGUGCAUCAGUCUCGACGUAAAUGCGCAGCAGGAGAUCCAUGCCGCGCGCGUGGAGGUCGAGCAGGAGUGCUGCAAGUUAAAUAUUCCUCCUCUUACGUUCUCGUCGCUCUGCGAGCGCAGGGACGCGUUUUUGUUGUAUUUGCCGAGGCUGCCGUGGUUGGGCCCCUGGCGUUCGACUGGCGCCUCGGCAUCCCCGCCCGUCAGAGGCAGGGGCCCAGUGUGCGAGUUCGAGCUUGGCAGCCUGUUCGCCAGCCUCAAGUCGGGUAUUUUGGAGUCCGUCGCGGCCGCGCCCAAGUCCCUGGCCGCGAAGCUUUUCGACGCUGCCCAGUGGGCGCUGCGAAAGUUGGCGCUCGAUGCUCGACCGUCUGCGAUGGGACGUGAGAGCGAACGCAUGGCUGAGGACCUGGCUCGGAUGCAGGCAGUGCUUCGUCGAUGUGAGCAGGCUGCUCCCGUGGCUGACUAUGGCGACGUCGCUGGUUUCACUCGUGGGCCCAACCGCGCGGUCUUCGCGGCUACGACGAAGGUGGCGGUCUCGGCAGGCAGUGCUCAGGUGGCGGCUCGCCAAUGGCUCGAGGGGCCGGGCUUCGAGCGUGACCAGUGGCGUACUCGACAGCGCAAGAUGCGUUGCUUGGGGCAGUUUCUGCAGCGUGGUGCGGUGGCAGCGCCGCGUGAGAUCCAGGCCGCGUGCGUGGAGCUCGAGCAGGAGUGCUACAAGUUAAAAUUCGAGGAUGCGCUGGGUGAUGGCGAUCUGUCUGAUCCUCUCUCUGUCAACGACCCAUUGGCCACGGCGCCCCCGCCUGGCGCUGACGGGCGCCCGGCCCCGCCCGACAGAGGCAGGGGCCCAGUGUGCAAAUUGGAGCUUGACAACCUGUUGGCCGAUCUCAGGGCAGAUAUCUUGGAUUCCGUCGCGGCCGCGUCCAAGUCCAUGGCCGCGAAGCUCUUCGACAAUGCCCAGUGGGCGCUGCGCAAGUUAGCGGUGCUGCAGGAGGCUAAGCAUGAGGCCGCCGAUCUCUGA